AUGAUGCAACCAGUGCAUUUCGACGAGAGAUGCAGGGGGAAUUCUAGCGAAAAGCUCAUGCAAAGCAUGAUCCGUCGAAUCAAAGACGGGAAAGCCGAGGUCAGCCUGAAGCCUCUCCAUCGCCUCACACCGCGAUGCAUCUCAAUGCCAGUAUAUGGACCCUACGAUGCCCCGAAUGCUGUUAUUCUUGCAACGGCUAGAAUAGUUGCAGAAGCCCGCUUGAAUGAAAUCCAUCAAGGGUUUGUGGAGAUCGAUAUGGAUCUCGUUUUCGGCCUCUAA